CUUGUCACGACAAUGCUUUCACUAAAUUUUAAUUCUGAUUUGCACUGAUAAAUUAUACAGUUUCGGUUUGCAUUUCUGACAUAUUCAGAAAAUUAACCAAAUGAUGAUUGUUCUUGUGAUAGGUGUUUUAAUAUCAACUAAUUUGUUUCCAUUAAAUUGUGCCGAUCAAAAUUCAACUAUUAAAAUUCCCGAAUACAUAAUUCCAUGCUCCAAAUCGGAUUUAAACAUAAACAAAUGCCUGGUAAACACUUUCAAUCAUUUGAGGCCGUAUUUAAAAAACGGCAUAACCGAAAUUGAUGUACCAAGUAUUGAUCCUUUACAAAUAGACAAUUUGAAGAUGGAAAAUGGACGUGGACCGCUACGUGUUAAAGCUUCUUUUUUUAACAUUACAACAACCGGAGCCAGCAAUUAUACCGUCUCUGGAAUAAAUACUGAUUUAAAGAAAUAUAUUAUUGAAUUGAGAGUACUUUUACCAAAAAUAGAAGUCAAAGGCAAAUAUGACGUAGAUGGAAAUGUUCUGCUACUUCCAGUAAAAUCAAGAGGAGACUUUUGGGCUGUUUUUGUGGAUGUUAAUGGAGUAGGCAGAAUUUUUGGAAAAGAAUUUACGGACGAAAAUAAUAUAAAAUUUAUGAAAGUUGAUAAAAUGCUGGUGGAUUUCAGAUUGAAAAAAAGCCGCUUUAGAAUAAGAGAUAUUUUCAAUCAAGGAAAUAUAAUAGGAGACGCGAUGAACCAAUUUUUAAACAGCAAUUCCGAUGAAAUUAUCAAGGAAAUGCGACCUGCGGCUAACGUGGCGAUAGCAAAGCACUUUAAGGGAUUUCUAAAUAGUGCUUUCGUCAAACUUCCCAUGCAAGUCUGGUUACCCGAUGCCGACGUUUGAAUUAAAGCUCAUCCCAAACUUUUUUCAAAACAUUUAAAAAAUUGAUACUACUAGAUACACAUACUUAAAAAAAUGAUAAUGAAAUAAGUAUGUAGGAUAUCUAGAAGUUGCACAAAAGUUUCUUUUGAUAGGUUGAAUAAAUAUGAAAGGAAGUUUAAACUAUGAAAUAAAUAUGUUUUUUUAAAAGUUAUAUAGAUUUUACGAGCUUAGAUCUCUCUCUUAUUGUGAUAACAAUUCUAUCUUGUCAAUAGGUUUUUUAAGCUACUUUAUAGAAUGAGCCCACUUUUAAAAGUAUUUUUUGUAAAAAAAAAAUAUUUUAAGUAGUUUCUUGCACGUACCAGAUUAGUCCUUAUAAUACAGGAUCAGUCACGAUAAUGUUUAAUUCUCUAGGACCUACUGAAAAAUUUCAAAAUUAUGAAAAAAAACCUAAAUUAUUGUAAUUUUUUUAAAUAUAUCAAAUUUGACUAGCUAAUCGGCAAUAUUUGUGUAUUAUUUUCAGUGCAAAAAAUGUUAAUGAACUCUAAAGGAUCAAGUACUUUCCUUAUUUAAAGUGGCGACCGGUAAAAUUUUCUGAAACUUUGGUAUUUUGUUGUACUCAAUCUAGUCUAAAAAUUUCAACAGAUCCAACUUAAGCUUUCAAAAUAAAGUUGAAAAUUUACCAGUUUUUCGGAAUUUUUAUAUUCAAACUUACGAGCUAAAUUGAACUUCUGUUACAUACAC